GAUGUAUUCUACCAGUACAUUACAGGCAAGCUCAACAAGAACAGUGUCAAGGUGUCAAGUCUACCGUGGCAGGAUGAUGAGCUGAGUGCUGAGACCAAUCUGAUCACUGAAAAACUGGCCGCCAUCAACAAAUGUGGAGUACUGACUAUCAACUCACAGCCCAACAUAAAUGCUGCUCCGUCUACUGACCCCAAGGUCGGCUGGGGAGACCCUAAUGGAUACAUCUUCCAAAAGGCCUACUUGGAAUUCUUCACAUCAGAAAAGAAUGUGACUGCUCUGAAAGAUAUAUUGGAAAGCUAUCCUCUUGUGAACUAUCACAUUGUGGAUUCCAAGGGCGACGUUGACUACACCAACUGUGAUAUGACUCUGCCUAUUGCCGUUACCUGGGGAGUGUUCCCAGGCAAGGAGAUUAUCCAGCCUACUGUUGUUGACCCUAUUGCCUUCAAAACCUGGAAGGAUGAGGCGUUUGCCCUUUGGACAGAGACGUGGGCCAGUCUGUACGAACCUGGCUCAAACUCACACAAGCUGCUCGGUGAGAUCCAUGACAACUACUACCUGGUGAACUUGGUAGACAAUGAGUUCCCCAAGGAUUCCUGUCUCUGGGAAGUCGUGGAGAAGAUGAUUGAGGCCGGGGGGGCCAGUGUCUCACAACAACACAUGGAUACAGAAACUGGACAACCGUAGAAAU